AUGUCACUAGUGGCGGCUCAAGGCUCUAUAGAUGUCACUAGUGGCGGCUCAAGGCUCUAUUUCGUAAACUCUCUGGUUUAUGUCAACAAUUUUGGUGUUGAGUUCAAAUGUAACAUAAGCAUAUUUCACUAUACUGCAUGUAAUGUUACUAUUGCGCUGAACUGCUCCCAAGUGACUAUUGCACAGUACUGCUCUUGUGUCACUAUUGCACAGUACUGCUCUUGUGUCACUAUUGCACAGUACUGCUCUUGUGUCACUAUUGCACAGUACUGCUCUUGUGUCACUAUUGCACAGUACUGCUCUUGUGUCACUAUUGCACAGUACUGCUCUUGUGUCACUAUUGCACAGUACUGCUCUUGUGUCACUAUUGCACAGUACUGCUCUUGUGUCACUAUUGCACAGUACUGCUCUUGUGUCACUAUUGCACAGUACUGCUCUUGUGUCACUAUUGCACAGUACUGCUCUUGUGUCACUAUUGCACAGUACUGCUCUUGUGUCACUAUUGCACAGUACUGCUCUUGUGUCACUAUUGCACAGUACUGCUCUUGUGUCACUAUUGCACAGUACUGCUCUUGUGUCACUAUUGCACAGUACUGCUCUUGUGUCACUAUUGCACAGUACUGCUCUUGUGUCACUAUUGCACAGUACUGCUCUUGUGUCACUAUUGCACAGUACUGCUCUUGUGUCACUAUUGCACAGUACUGCUCUUGUGUCACUAUUGCACAGUACUGCUCUUGUGUCACUAUUGCACAGUACUGCUCUUGUGUCACUAUUGCACAGUACUGCUCUUGUGUCACUAUUGCACAGUACUGCUCUUGUGUCACUAUUGCACUGUAA